AAACAACAGAUUUGGCUAUGGUCUGGCCCAAUUGACAUUUUGUAAUUUUUGUGAGAUUUUAGAAUUUCACGAAUUUUCAGCCGUUCUAUUUUAAGACAAAUGACUGAUAACAGUUUUUGAGUUUUCCGUGUUAAAUUCGCAUACAGCAGUCAUGCGUUCCAUUGCUGAGUGCAGGAUUUUGCUAUGAGAUUAUUCUUGAAAAGCACGAAGGUUUUAUUCAGAAGGGUUGUUAUAGAAACUGUUUGGUAAUAUGCAAUGGAAAUACAAGGGUUGGAGAGGGCGAUGGCUGUGGGUGGUGCUGAUGCUCACGUUGUGCCCGCUGCUGAUUGCUCAGAAGAUCGGUGACCCCUACAAAAUCCUGGGUAUAAACCCAAAGGCUACUCUACCAGAAAUACGCAAAGCUUACAGGCAACUAGCUAAAGAAUGGCAUCCAGAUAAAAAUGAAGAUCCAAAUGCGGAAACUCGUUUUGUUGAAAUCAAACAAGCAUAUGAGCUGUUGUCAGACACGGAGAGGCGACAAGCGUAUGAUAAUUACGGCAUUACGAACGAAGACGACCACCUAUACAAACAAAGGCACGACUACAGUCAAUAUGCAAGAUUUAGUAACGAUCCGUUUGAAGAAUUCUUCGGCACACAUUUCCGAACACAGGACCAAGACAUAACAUUGUUUCACAAACUUUCUGUAACUGCACGCCACUUCGAAAACAACAUAGUAGAGAAAAGCAUACACACUCCAGCAUUAGUCCUAUUCUACACUGACUGGUGUUUCGACUGCGUGCGAUCAGCCGCGGCCUGGCGCCGUCUGGUCGAGGCCUUACAGCCGUUAGGCGUUACCAUGGCAACCGUGCACGCGGGCCACGAGGCCAGCCUGGCGAGGAGGGUGGGGGUGCAUGGAGUGCCUUGCUUGACCUUCGUGUUGGAUAAACAUAUUUAUCUGUAUAAGGAGGGGUUGUCGUCGCUGCCUAAAAUAUUGGAGUUCAUGCGUUGGAAGUUCCCAUACAAGUUGGUGAACGCGAUCGGCGACAACAACGUGGACGGCUUCGUGUCGGACUUCGAGGACAACAAGGUCAAGGCGCUGAUCUUCGAGGAGCGCCAGACCAUCCGCCUCAGAUACCUCAUCACUGCAUUCCACUAUAGAGAUAGAGUUGCUUUUGGUUUCGUAGACAUGCGGUCCCGCGACACUUCGAACGUGACGGCCCGCUACAAGGUGCAGCGCCACAUCGACACCAUGGUGCUGCUGAAGGAGGACAGCGUGGAGCCCGCAGCCACUGUCAGCACCACGGAGAUACCCACGCAGACGCUGCACCAGCUCAUCGAGGCUAACCAGAUGCUCACCCUGCCCAGGCUGUCUUCUCAGAGCGUAUUAGAAAGCGUAUGCCCAGUCGAAUGGCGGGCAGCCCGGCGUCGUCUAUGCUGCGUGCUGGUCUGCGGCGCGGGGUCCCCGGCCGCGGCCGCCGCACGUCACGCACUGAGACAGCUGGCGAGGGCUCCGCCAGAGAGGCUGCAUUACGCGUACGUGUAUGCGCAUAAACAGCCGGCCUUUGUACAUGCGCUUGCUAAUGGAUCGGGCAGCGACAUAUCAGAAAUGGAACACCGCAUCGUCAUAAUCUGGCGUCGCGAAGCCACUCGCAUCCAAUACGAGUGGCUCAAUGAAACCUGGCCCAGUUGCAACCAUGCCCACUGCACAACUGACCACUUCCCAUCUGACCCGGCGCUUAGGGACGAAGUGUUGAAGUACCAUGAACGCUUGAAUGAGACUAAGAGGGCCUUGGAUCAGCUGAUUAAGAGGUUAUUGAAACCUACAGAGGUUAUGGCGUAUGAAGCUCAUGUGCAGGAGCUGCUGGAUGAGGCGGCGCUGGGCACAGUGUGGAGGGCGGUGCUGAAGGUGUGCGAGUGGACGGAGCGGGCGGCGGCCGCGCUCCGCACGCAGCGCGCCAUCUCCGCGCUCUCCGUGCUCGCCACCGUCGCGCUCGUGCUCGCCGCCGGGUACCUCAUGGCGUACCUCAUUCGCGUAGAAGAAGAGUCAGUACAGCGUCAGAAAGAAGAAAGGAAGAAACAGAACUGCGCCGCUAAGAAGAACAACAACGAACCGAGCUCCGAGCUCAGACUGCACGAGUUACGAGCUGAGAAGUACAACGGACUUGUCAGGUUGUUGAAGCCCGGUUGUCGAACUAUCGUGUUGCUGGUGGAUAUGCAGAGUCGCGUGCAACUGCUGUCAAAGUUCCAUAAAAUUGUGUGGCCUUAUCGCAAGAACAAGACGCUCGUGUUCGCGUACCUGUGCGUGUCGCGGCACGCGGGCUGGUUCGCGCGCGUGCUGCAGCUGUCGCUGGGCGGCGCCGAGCUGCGCCUCAACGCGCGCAACUGCGUCGGCACCGUGCUGGCGCUCAACCCGCACCGCAAGUACUUCUGCAUCUACCACGCCAAGCAUCCCGAGUGCACCAAGCCGCACAAGCGCAUGAGCCGCAUGACCCGCACGCUGGGCGGCGGCGCGCGGGACCCGGAGGCGGGCGCCUUCAUCGGCUUCCACACCGAGCCCGACUCCUCCAGCGACGACGCGCCCGACCCGCCCGUGCUCAUGCAAGAGAAUCUUCUAGACGGUCUGGAGAACUGGCUGGACCGUUUGUUCGAGGGCAGCACCCACCGCUACUACAUCAACUACUGGCCCGACAUGACCACCAAGUGAGCCACGAGCCACUGAACCACUCAGUUUUGUUUCUAUGCAUGGACACCGUUAGCCGUCACUGGGAAUUUGAAAACAAAUUGUUUUUUAUAAGGUUGGUACUGCUUUUCAGGUGUUAUUGAAAUGUCACAAAUAUUAUAAUGUUUAAAUUAAUUUAUUGUUCAACAAAUCCAUGUGGGCUUCCUUUUUUAAAAGUUGAUGUUGUUUUCCAUAGUCUUAAAUGUUUUGAAAGAUUUUUUGUUGCAAAUAAAGAACUUAUUCCCAGUAACGUCUAAACGGUUAUUUCAAACACUUGUGUUAAUAAAAAUGAUUUCUCGUAUUUAUUUGAUCGUUGUUAAGAAAAUAUACUGCCCGGUUAUUGCCGUUUUCGACCAUAGAUUAUAAAUAAGUGUGAUAGUUAUUCGUAACGGUUUGCCUUAGAGCUGAGACCCACGGCUAGAGCGACGACUGUUCCGAAGCGUACUUUGAUGACGGAAUAAUAUGAAUAUUAUAGAUUAACUUUUAAAUUAAGUACGUAAGUGCUAGACGUAUGAUUACGUAUGACUCGGACAGUUGAAAAUGACUGGAUAUUGUUGGGUUAUCUUGCUUUCUCGUGACGUGAAAACCUCGUUGAACGAUACACUCGUUCAAUACUCGAACAAAAUGUAAUACUGAUCAAAUCGCUUUGGGAACACUUCUAUUGAUAAGGGCUCGUCUGAAAAUCGGUUUAACGAACACGCGAUGAAAAAUUUUUCGCUUCACCGAUCGAUACCUGAAAUGUUUCAUCCUUUUCUGAUCGAAUGUUUUGAAAAUCAUUCACUUACUUUAUACUGAUAAAGCCUAUUAAUUAUAAUCCUACAGUAACGUACUGAUGGUUUACCUUAGAUAUUCUUACAAUAGGUUUCUGAUGAAUGGUCCAAACAUAGCUCUUGUUAUGAUGAAGUGUGUUCAAAGUCUAGGCCAAAUUGUAUUAGUGCCUAUGUUGGGUAAGUAGGCGAACUGAAUCCCUACUAUAUAGGUAUUAGAUUAGUUUUAGCUCAGGUGUUGAUUUUUGAACGUACGGGGACCGGUUUUAGGUAUUUUUCUUUUUAUGUUGAAGGAUUUUUUAUGAGUCGUCUUAUUAUUUUAUUUAAAUUCGAUAUGGAAACUUUUUAGUAUGUAUGUUUGUUUUUAAUGAUUAUAAAACAUUUUUGCAUGAAACCUGAUACAACUUACAUGACUCAAAUAACGCCAGUCCCCGUUCAAAGAAAGAGUAUGAUAAACCAAACAAAUAUUAACACUUUUAUAUAAAUAAAUGAAUCUAGCUGUAAAUUAGCAGUUUGUCUUCACGAUAUCACAAUAACUAGUCUAGAGUACAAUAAAGUAAGGACAGUAUUACGGCACUGCACCUCGUUAAUGAUAAACACUGUGUCAUUACGUGUCGCCUUAGACUGCGAUCUCUAUUGCUAUUAUAACCAAUACAAGUUUAUCACUGUCGCAUUCAGAAAUCAGUAGCUAAGGGUGCGUCUACACGGUGCAUGUAGCUGGAGCAAGUUAACAUGCGCAAGUGACAAGUGACAAGACUACGCGGGUGGGUAUUUCUCUUUGGACCCGCACGUUUUUAAUGCAUGUAACCUGCGCAUGUGCCUCAACAUGCGCAAGCUACUUGCACCAUGAAGAUGCACCCUAAGCAACUGGAACAGUUGUUAUGCCUGUAUACGAUAUAGCGCCUUAUUUUUACUAGUUUUUUUGAGUGACGCCGCAGCAAGUAACGCUACAGAAGGUUCUUAACAUUUCUACUAUACAAUUAACUUCCCAGAAUCCUGUUUGAAGGUGAAAGAACGUGGACCAAACAUUCAAAGAUGGCAAUAGAAAUCGGUAUCUAUGGCGACACGUAAUCGCUACUUUACACGUUUUUAAAUCUUUAUACAUUCUACCUAGUAACGUUUGAUUGAGCUUCAUAAUAUCGCCUGUUGAGAGCUAGAGAACAAUAUUAUUAUGAUGCAGGGAAUCGAGGUCUUCGUAAUUUCAAUUACAUUUUAAAAACCUUUCUUAGACCAAGUUUUGAUAUGUGAAGAAAUUACAUUGCACUGCAAUAUAUUCCUUUUGAAAAUAGGUAACUCCUUUGUAUAUCCAUACUGCCAAAUAUUUAAAUCAUACGCUAUAUUAUACAUACAUGUAGGUAUGCAACUCUGCGCAUACAUAUAAGUACCUACUACCGAUGCAAAGUCUACGGAGAUGAGAGCUGCAUUUUACGUAUCUACAGUACAGCUCAAUAAACGAGUGUUUUAACAUACAAGACUUGGUCUAAGAAACAGACUUCUUAUUUUUGGGAAUUGCUAGACAAAUCGCUAUAUUGUAUUAGUGUUCAGAUAGUUAUUGUAGUCUUAACUUGUUUAUAUUUCAAUUUAAAUCUUGUUUAUGUUCCUGCGAGUGAAAUCGGUUGUCCCGAAAGUUAUACUAGUCAAAUAUAUUACCAAAUGUUAUUUUAUAAUUUAGCUAAAUAUUAUAGUUGUCGGAUGUCGCCAUAGUUAUUUAUAUAUUGAACGCCAGUUGCGGUCGAAAGAGUAUUUUAUUUCGUAAGGUAUUUACGAUUGUGUUCAAAUCGGAAUGAUAUAAUAAUGUGUCGAUAUGUAUAAAAUAAUUAUGUCUAUUUAAAUGAUUGCGUAUUUUUGUCCGUUGCCCGUGUUCGUAUACUAAUGUAUUUUGACUAUGACUACGUUUACAGUUAAGUAUUUUGAGUAUAUCUAUUAAUGUUCUAUCUUCAUCUGUACUUGUUUGAGCAUGACAAUUUAUUAGUUAAGUAAUCUCUUGGUUUUGAUCCCUAAUGGUAGUAAAAUAAAGUGCAUUUUUCACUAAAUGAAAUUGUUUGAUAAAUGAAAAGACAAAUUGUAUAAAUCUAACACACUGUGUAAUUAUGUGAAUGUUAACAUUGUAUCUGUUUGAUGUUGUUUAUUGGUGGGGCUUUGAAGACGUAACUGUUUGUUGCUUGUUUCAUACGCAACUUCAAUUUAUAAUCGACUAUCGAUCAAUAUUUCACCAAAAAGUGUUAAAAGUGGAGCAAUAACGUUGAUUGCAUGUUAUUUCAACUUUAAAAUCAUUUGUAUUUAGGCAUUCAUUGUUGUUAUGAUUGCACUUGUUAAAUUUUUACUUGAUCGAUCUUGCUUUAUUUCUCUCAUAAAAUAAGGAUUCGUUCUAAUGACGCGGAGACGAAUCUAGUCGUCAAUAUACCCGGUAUUUCACAUAGCAAAUUGUACCUCUAAUUGUCAUAAUAAAGAACAAGUAUUUCCUAUGAGAGACUACCGAAUUUGAACUUUACAUAAUGAAUAUAAGGUUGAUUAUGCUAAGCUUCGACUUUGCAUUCGCGUACCACGAGUCUCAACCGCUGUUUAACCUGUGUUGCCAUGUUUUAUAGUUAUAUAAUUAUCACCACGUUGGGUGUCUGUAUAUGGGUUGUUAGUAAAGCUUGUCUAUUCAUACUAAACUAUAAUUAUUGUUGUAUUUAAAUUAUUUUUAUUGUUAAGAUACACUAAAUCUAUCCUUUAUCUUAAUUCCAGUAUCGAUUUGUACAAUAAAUGAAUAAAAUAUUGUUCUUUA